GAUCUGUCUGAUCUACAUGCUACGCCAGACCGCUCAGUGUAGCCUAUAAGUACUACGGUAGGUGGUCUUUGUUUUUGUUUUUUCACGUCGCCAUACUUCGUCAGGACCAAUAUGAAGUUCCUCGCUCCUCUCCUGGCCACCUUGGGCCUGGCAUCUGCCGCAGCCGUCAACAGCAAAGUUAGCUAUGACGGCUGGAAGGUUUACCGCGUCACCGUCGGCGCCGAUUCAUCCAAGCUCAGCUCGGUGAUGAACAAGCUCCAGCUGAGCACAUGGAAGGGCAAGGUUGGACACAGCUCGGUCGUUGACAUUCCCGUUCCUCCUCUCCAAACCUUGGAGUUUGAGUCGGGAAUCCAAGGCUACAACUCUUUGGUCAUGCACGAGGAUCUUGGUGCCUCUAUUGCCCAGGAAGAGAUCUUCGAGACUUAUGCCUCCGACUUCUCUGCGAAGGCCGCCGCUGCGGCUCCCAAUGCAACCUGGUUCAAUGCUUACCACACCAUUGCGGAGCACACGCAGUGGCUGAAGGACCUCGCCGCAGCCUACCCAAACAAUGCAGAGAUCAUUUCAGCAGGAAAGUCUUUGCAGGGACGCGACAUUCAAGGCAUCCACAUCUGGGGUUCCGGCGGCAAGGGCUCGCAGAAGGGUGUGGUUUGGCACGGAACUGUGCACGCCCGCGAGUGGAUCACCACCAUGACGGUCGAGUACGCAGCCUACCAGCUCCUCACCUCUACCAACGCGGAUGAUGCGUCGUACAAGAACAAGUACGACUUCUACAUCUUCCCCAUCGUCAAUCCAGAUGGAUUUGCCUACACCCAAACCACCGAUCGCAUGUGGCGCAAGAACCGCAAGACCAUCACCACUUCUAGCUGUGUCGGCACUGACAUCAACCGCAACUGGCCGAACCACUGGAGCAACGCGGCUGGAGCCUCCACCAACCCCUGCGCUGAGGACUACAAGGGCCAAGCUGAAGGCGACACCGUUGAGAACAAAGCGAUCAAGGCUCAGCUGGACAGCAUUGCGUCAAGCGCCCAGGGAGCGAUUCUCUACAUGGACAUCCACUCGUACAGUCAGCUGUGGAUGUACCCGUACGGCUACACGUGCUCUGGCACCGUCCCCAACUCUGCUAGCUACGCAAGCCUUGCCAAGGGUGCAGUCGCUGCGCUCAAGGCAGUCCACGGCACUACCUUCACUACAGGCCCCAUCUGCUCCACCAUCUACCAAGUUUCUGGAUCUUCGGUCGACUACGCGCUUGAGAACGCUGGUAACAACAAGGGUGUGAAGUACUCGAUGACUGUUGAGCUUCGCGAUACUGGUGCGAAUGGCUUCGUGCUGCCGGCUGCUCAGAUCAAGCCCAGUGGCGAGGAGACAUGGGCAGGAUUGGCCUACCUUCUCAAGAACAUGACCUAG